AGAAACUUGCUGGUCUUCUCCGGGUAGCAUCGCACCGUACCGCGGUCAGCUCCGGACAGCCCGGCCUGGGGACAAUGAGGUCGUCAUGCGUCCUACUGGCCGCUCUGCUGGCUCUGGCUGCCUACUACGUGUACAUCCCACUGCCCAGCGCGGUGUCCGACCCCUGGAAACUGAUGCUGCUGGACGCCACUUUCCGCGGCGCGCAGCAAGUGAGUAACCUGAUACAUUCCCUGGGACUGAACCACCAUCUGAUCGCGCUGAAUUUCAUCAUCACCUCUUUUGGCAAGCAAAGCGCAAGGUCUUCUCCGAAAGUGAAGGUGACAGACACCGACUUCGAUGGGGUAGAAGUCCGAGUAUUUGAAGGUUCUCCGAAACCAGAAGAGCCGCUGCGACGCAGCGUCAUCUAUAUCCACGGAGGAGGCUGGGCCCUGGCUAGUGCAAAGAUCAGCUACUAUGACCAGCUGUGCACAACAAUGGCUGAGGAGCUGAACGCCGUCAUCGUUUCUAUUGAAUACAGGCUAGUCCCACAGGUCUAUUUUCCGGAGCAAAUCCAUGAUGUCAUCCGUGCCACUAAAUAUUUCCUGCAGCCAGAAGUCUUAGACAAGUACAAGGUCGACCCUGGAAGAGUCGGUAUUUCUGGAGACAGUGCUGGUGGGAAUCUGGCCGCGGCCCUGGGACAACAGUUUACCUACGUUGCCAGCCUGAAGAAUAAGCUCAAACUGCAGGCUUUGGUCUACCCAGUCCUGCAGGCUUUGGACUUCAACACACCCUCUUACCAGCAAAGCAUGAACACUCCGAUCCUGCCGCGUCAUGUCAUGGUUAGGUACUGGUUAGACUACUUCAAGGGCAACUACGACUUUGUAGAGGCCAUGAUUGUGAACAAUCACACUUCACUUGAUGUAGAAAGGGCUGCAGCCCUCAGGGCCCGUCUCGACUGGACAUCCCUGUUGCCCUCGUCCAUCAAAAAGAACUACAAGCCUAUCAUGCAGACCACAGGGAACGCCAGGAUCGUCCAGGAGAUCCCUCAACUGCUGGACGCUGCUGCUUCUCCGCUCAUCGCAGAGCAGGAAGUGCUAGAGGCCCUCCCGAAGACCUACAUCCUUACCUGCGAGCACGACGUCCUGCGGGACGAUGGGAUCAUGUACGCCAAGCGCUUGGAGAGUGCGGGUGUGAACGUGACCUUGGACCACUUUGAGGACGGCUUCCAUGGUUGUAUGAUUUUUACAAGCUGGCCGACCAACUUCUCCGUGGGAAUCCGGACUAGGAAUAGUUACAUCAAAUGGCUGGAUCAAAACCUGUGACGGAGGAAACUCCUCAGACGCAUGAAGCUCUUGACCUCCGUUUGCUUUGGAAAAAACAAAACAAAACAAAACAAAACAAAAAACAAAAACACUGCGCAUUUCAAUCAUCUGCACCUUUCCCUCGUUUUGCAUUAGUACUGAAAUCUGUACCCUACAGACCUUAUAAUAAUUUGCAAAGUGACUCUGACUAACGCGGUUAAGAACAUCUGAACUUGGUUUCCCAAAUGACUCAGUUUUUGCUUUCUUUUCUGAAGCCCGAGUGCUAGGUAGGAAUGGCCACAGUUUGAAGAGCUAGAAAUAGCCUUAGGUCGGGCUUCUGUUAUGUGCUUUCCAGAAGCAGUUUUUACAACUGUAGGUAAGGUUGUAAAUUCUGAGGAACAACAACACCACCACCACAACCAUGAGCCUUUCUUCAGUUUGCUCGGGUUGACGCGGGCUGCAGAGCAGCGUCUAGUGGACAUUCCGAGGCCAGCUCUUGGGACUGUGUAGCCUCUGCCUCCCAGGAUGUUGUCUUUCAUGUGGGAAUUUUGACAGGAUUUCUAGCAAGACAGAUUUCUUCUCGAAAGCUUUUCUUCCUCAGGAGUAUGAAUUUUCUGAGCUAGCUGCUGUAAAUUCAGUGAGGCUAAAGGGAUACUUGAAUGUUAUUUUUUUUCUCCUAAGAAAAUGGGAGGCUACAUGCACUGGAUAUGUCCUUGGGAAAAUCUUUGGGGAACAAACUUAUUUAACUGUAGAGUAAGUUUCCUAUUAUGAAAUAAGUAAAGGUAGAAAAAUAAUGGUCUGUUGUUACUUAAGAAUACUCCUGGCAUAAGUUACUAGAAGUGGUGUGUAUAUAUUCGGGGGAGUAAGGAAAUAAGUUAUGUUUAAUAAUAGCUUAAGAUGACCAGCAAUGCCUGUAGAAGGCUUUGUCCGUUUUUGGCAGAAGGCCUAGGGCAUCGAAAACUCAGCCUUUUCACUCGUAGCUGAAAAUGGGACUAUUUUGGUAUAGCAGUUGUUUUUUUUUAAGUUAUUUAAUGUUAAUAUAUAUAUAUAGCUAAACAGGGUUUUUCUGAAAAACAUUAUAAAAAAUUUAAGAUAAAAGGUAUUUUAAAAAGAAAACUACCAUAAAGUUAUAUCCACAUGUAAUUUUUUUGAGGAGAUCGAUAAGAGUAGUAGGCACCACAUGUAAGUCAGGGUCAAAUACUUGGAUAUUUAUCUGCAUAUGCAAAUUAAAAUAAUUAGAAACUUUCUACCUAGUACGUCAUGUUGUACUAGGUACAUGAUGCUGGUCAGCCAUCCUUAAUCCAAAAUUUUGAGUCAAGUCUUAUAAGUGGAAAAUUCCAGUGAACAUUUAUUUUGUAUAUAAAAUUUUAAACCUAUUGUGUGAAGCUACCCUCAGGCUAUGUAGAUCAGAUGUAUAAAAAGCACAAAUGAAUAUCUCAAUUACAUUUGGGUUCCAUUCUCAAGAUAUUUUAUUAUGUAUAUUCAAUUCAAAUAUUCUAAUGUCUAGAAAAAUGAAAACCCUGGAUAUUCUGGUCCUGAGUUGUUCAGAUGAGGGAGAGCCAACCUAUAGUUUAACAGCUUAGGUAAGACUCACUCUGCCCAUGCUGGCCAGGGGAACCCUCAGGGGACUCCUCUGGGUGAAGGGCAGAUGCUAGCACUGCCUGUUCUUAGUUCUCCUUCCAUUCCUGUCCUGAAGUUCUAACUGCCGAGCCUUACCUUCAUAGAAGGUCUUCACUGCCAGAGUGGGCAUCUUGCAUAGUAAGGGAUUCCAGAUUAGAUAUGAGUUGAGCACCCUGCCUUUCUUCCUAUCACCCCGCUUCUGCUGAUAGUCCGUGCUACAUUAAGGGACUGAGCAGAGAACACUCAGUCAAGUCCUGAUCCAUUUCGUCAUGAAGAGAGCAGGACCUUUCCAUUCUAUGAAGGGUGCGUGUUUCUGGUUUCCAGCAGCAGGAUAACAAGUGGGAAUUUACUCACUGACUUCUCAUUUAUCAUAAAAGCUGCAGCACCUUUAUGUACAGAACAAUGUCACAGUGUGUGUGUGUGUGUGUGUGUGAGCGAGCAUGUGCUGUCUGCAUAUGGAAAUAACUACAGCACAGGCUACCUUGCUGAUGUGUCCAUGUCACUGGUCUCCCUUUUAGCUAAAAUCUGAGAGUAGAAUAACCUGAUCUUUGAGGCCUCUUCCAAUGUUAGUCUUUUCUAAGGUAAUUUUUAGUAGGUCAUAAUUCAGUAUAUACUAGCCUACUCAUCUCUGAAGACUGACUUUGCUCGUAAUUUUUUUUUAAUUGGCCACAUAGCAUUAAUGCCUCCACAGGGUUCCUGUGUUUCACAUUUACGAUAUAAAUUGAUACCCAUCUUCAGCUGAGGUUGUUAUGGGGGGCUGGAAUCACGUGUUUUUUAAACCUGAUAUUUUCAUUCCUAAUUGAGUGACAGCCAUCUUUUAAGGUGUUGGGCAUGGAACCCCAGGCCUUACCUGCUUGGCAAGUGCUUUACCCCCGAACUACACCUGAAGCUCCAUUCCUUGUCCCUUCUGCACCAUUUAAAGGUGGGAACUAUAUUUUGACUUUAUCUACCUCUGAGAAAGAGGAAAAUGUAAUUAUUCACAGAGUUUCUCAAAAUGGCAUCUUUCCUCCCAAACUGGGAGCCAAAUUCUGCAGAAAUCAUGGACAGUAAAUGGUGACAGAUGUCUGAAGGGGUCUCAAAGAUGCAAGGGAACAUGGGGUCAAAGGGGCCACCCACCACAUCUGAUGAUAUGUUAGUUUUGUUGUUCUUUGGGGUUUUAUUCUUCCAGGUAUGUUAUGCACUACAGCCUGAUCUUUUCAGUCUAAGACAGCAUGGCUUCACUUUCCUGUGUUAUGAGAAGGUCACACUUUGGAAUACUGAAGGACAAUCCUGAAGUGCUGCAGCGCAUAGUGAAUGCCUCUUGGUGUUUUCACGUUCGUCUGUGAGGACUCAUAGACUUACAGAAUGAUGCCGAAUGGAAUGUUUUGUGCAUGACCUUUUAACCUUUGGCUAUUGCCAAUUCCCCACUGCAAAGGGGAAGGCAGAUUUUAUGAAGAGUUUUAGGAAUAAAUACAUUUUAUAGAAUGGAAACCCAGUAUGGUACUGGGGAAGUUUAUUCAUGCUUGCAAUCUUGUUUGGAAAUAAAAUGGGUCCGUCUGGAA